AUGACGAACCUGCGCGCGGCGGUGGGGCAGCGCGUGCUGUGCCCCGCGACGGACUGCGUUGACAUCUGCAACGCGCCCCUCGACGGCCAUGUCAAGAUGCCGCGCCUCGGCUUCGGUACCUACAUGGUGAGCCACGCGCAUGGUGAGGCGCGUGCAUGCCACUUAGCGCGGCCGUGUGUCCCACCCCCACCUCGUGCGUACCACACUGGCCCCCGUCAGAUCUCAGCGCGCGAUGCGGAGGCGGCGGUGCUGACGGCGCUGAGGGAGGGGUAUCGCCACAUCGACACCGCUCAGCUGCACCGCAAUGAAGCCGCUGUUGGCAGGGCGGUGAGGGCGAGUGGGCUGGCGAGGGAGAGUGUGUUUGUGACGACCAAGCUGUGGAAUGCCGACAACGGCUACGACGCCACGCUGCAGGCCUUCCACCGCUCGCUCAGCGAGCUGGGGCUUGACUACGUGGACCUGUACGUGCUGCACUCGCCCAUGCGCGUGGACGCGCGGCUGGACUCGUGGCGCGCCAUGGAGGACCUGCUGAGGGGGGGGCGAGUGAGGGCCAUCGGGGUGAGCAACUUCGGGCAGCACCAGCUGGAGGAGCUGUUCGAGCACUGCACCGUGCGCCCCGCCGUCAACCAGCUCGAGCUGCACCCCUUCGGCACGCGGCGCGCCCUCGUGGACUUCUGCGUGCAGCACGGCAUGGCGCUGCAGGCCUACUCGCCCCUCACCAAGGGCACUCGCCUGCGCGACCCCACGCUCGUCGAGAUGGCAGCGCGGUAUCAGAAGAGCACGGCGCAGCUCAUGGUGCGCUGGUGCCUGCAGAAGGGCUUCACCGUGCUGCCCCGCUCCGUCAACCCCGCCCACAUCGCCGCCAACACCCAGGUGUACGACUUCAACAUUUCUGACAUUGACAUGGCGAAGCUCGACUCACUCAAUGAGGACUACGUUACAGGCUGGGACCCCACUAGGGGCCCGUGA